CCUUCGGCAAUCCAAACUACAUAUCCUAAGAUAUAUUUGUUUUCAUUUCGCAACAUAUUCCAGCCAAAUGGCGCAACCUAUGAAUGUCUUCUUUAUAUUCACUCUCAUAGUCAUAUCAAUUACGUCAUCCUCUUCCACAGAUGAUCAUCAAGCUUACAUUGUUCAUAUGGACAAAUCAAUGAUGCCAUCACCCUUCUCUAACCACCACCAUUGGUACACUUCUGUACUUUCAUCACUAUCAGAUGAAGUUCCAGCAACCCAUCUCUACACAUAUUACCAUGUCAUGGACGGAUUCAGUGCAGUCCUCACCAUGUCCCAGCUCAAACAGCUUCAAAAGAUGCCGGCCCAUCUUGCAACGUUUGAGGAGAAGCUUGGCCAGCUUCACACAACGCGCACACCUACAUUUUUGGGACUAAAGAAAGAAGCCGGGUUGUGGCCGGUUUCUGGUUUUGGUGAGGAUAUGAUUAUUGGCAUAUUCGACACCGGAAUUUGGCCUGAAAGUAAGAGUUUUCACGACGAAGGGAUGCCCGAAGCACCUUCUCGUUGGCGUGGAAAAUGUGAAGCUAAAGGUUUUUGUAACAAAAAACUUAUUGGUGCGCGUUCGUUUAGCCAGGGGAUGAAGCAUCUAAAGGAAAAGAUUUCAAAAACCGAUGACUAUGAUUCCCCUAGAGAUUUUGAUGGACAUGGGACACAUACAUCUUCAACAGCAGCUGGUAGUCAUGUUCAGUUUGCUAAUUAUUUCGGGUAUGCAAACGGGACAGCAACCGGAAUAGCACCGAAAGCCCAGUUAGCAAUGUACAAAGUUUUGUUCUUCAAUGACUCAUCCGAAGCUGCAGCAACUGACACACUGGCUGGAAUGGAUCAAGCCAUAGAAGACGGUGUGGAUCUGAUGUCUUUAUCGUUGGGGUUUCCUGAUACACCAUUUUAUCAAAACCCUAUUGCUAUUGGAGCAUUUGCAGCUAUGGAAAAAGGGAUCCUUGUAUCUUGUUCAGCUGGUAAUUCUGGUCCUCUUGCGUACACUGUCCACAAUGCAGCUCCAUGGAUCACUACUGUUGGUGCAGGAACAGUAGACCGAGAUUUCGUGGCUUAUGUUACACCAGGUGAUCAGAGCUAUGGAACCCUGAUUGGGAAAUCGGUUUUCCCUAAAAAUCUGUUGGUAGAGAAGGUUCAUAUUUACUAUGGAUAUGGAAAUAGAAGCAAAGAAAGUUGUGCUUAUAAGUCACUUGAUCCCAAAGAUGUUAAAGGCAAGUACAUUUUUUGUGAAUUUGAUGAUGCACUAUCACUGAUUGAAUUGGAAACCAAGGGAGCUGCGGGAGCUAUCAUCAGUUCAGACUUGGGUAACCUUCUGUUUGCAGAUUACUUCACGUUUCCGUUCGUUGUACUGGAACGGAAGCUCGGAAAAUUGUUAAAGAAGUACAUAAUCAACACAAAGAAUGCCAGUAUUAACGUUAAGUAUGGUGAAACUUUGUUGGGUGUUAAACCAGCUCCACAAGUUGCGUAUUUCUCAUCAAGAGGACCAAGUCGGCGAUCUCCGUGGAUCCUAAAACCCGAUAUUUUGGCUCCUGGUUUCGAUAUCUUGGCUGCAUGGGCGCCGAAUAGAAAAAGCGCGCAAAUCGGAGAUGAUUAUUUGUUUAGUGAUUUUAAGCUCGAAUCAGGUACAUCCAUGGCUUGCCCACAUGUGGUAGGCGUAGCAGCGUUACUGAAAUCUACCCAUCGUGACUGGAGUCCGGCUGCAAUCCGGUCUGCAAUGAUGACAACUGCCGAUAUUCGUGACAACAACGAAGACAUAAUCAUAGACAUGAUCACAAGUAAACCAGGUACCUCUCUUGAUUAUGGUGCGGGCCUUGUUAAUCCAAACAAAGCCAUGGAUCCGGGUCUGGUUUAUGACAUUCAACCUGAGGAUUACAUCAACUAUCUUUGUGCUAUGGGUUACACACCACACGAGAUCCGAAUCAUUUCAAAGACACCAGAGGUUAAUUGUGCGAAUGCGACCCUUGAUCUUAACUACCCUUCGUUUAUUCUAAUCUUAAACAAUACGAAUACCACUCGUUGCACGUUUCAAAGAACGUUAACGAAUGUAGGGAUGUCAAGUUGUUCGUAUCGAGCGGAGGUGAAUACUCCCCCAUCAGGUAUGAACGUUGUUGUCAAGCCAUCUAUGAUCUUCUUUGAAGGUAAAUACAGCACGGCCAAGUUUGAGGUCAUCGUUGAUGUUGAUAUAAGUGGUGCUACUCGAAUCAAAGGUGGGUAUUUUGGUAACAGUGCGUAUCUAAGUUGGCUCGAGGUAAAUGGACACCAUGUUGUUCGAAGUCCAAUUGUAUCUGCUUUUGAUGCAUCAAGUUGAAGUUUGUAAGGCACACAAGUGAUGUAAAAAUACUAUAUGAUGCAAGUAUGUGAUGCAAAAAUACUAUAUCAUACAAGUAUGUGUUAAUACCACCGAAUAUAUAAUAUUUAAAUAAUAAUAUAAAGAUAAAAUAAAAGUGUUAUGCAAAA